UACUGUGGAAUCUGUCAUUUAUACCAGUGAGGAGUGUAUCACAUAAAUCUUUCUUGAUGAUGUGCUAUGACUAUUUUACGACAUUGGUGAAAAGUUUAUUUUUAACUCUUAUUCCGGAAGAAGACAUUGCAUGACGUCAUCACCAAGGAGUAGUUUGCCCGAGAAUUCAUGCCAAUAUUGUUACUAUAUUUUACUGAAAAACUGUUCAGAUAGCUUAAUUGAUUCACAUCAAGUGUGAACAAACAAAGGGCGAAUCCGGCCGUCAGAUAAUAACUAUAACACCGACUGAAGAAACGAGAUGAAUGGAUUAUCUUUCAGCGAGCUUUGUUGUCUGUUCUGUUGUCCGCCAUGCCCAAAUCGAAUAGCAGCAAAAUUAGCUUUUUUACCACCAGAACCAACUUAUUCCCUGAUAUCAGAUGAUACUGGUUCUAAGCACAGUCUUCAUUUAACGGACCGUGCCGAAUGGCAGUACACACAGCGUGAAUUGGACUGUAUAGAAGUGUUCAUGACACGAACUAAUAAGGGAAAUCGUAUAUCAUGUAUGUUUGCUAGGUGCUCACCAAAUGCCAAAUUUACCAUUUUAUUUAGCCAUGGAAAUGCUGUUGAUCUUGGACAAAUGAGUAGUUUUUACAUUGGUUUAGGUACCCGUAUAAACUGUAAUAUAUUUAGUUAUGAUUAUUCUGGUUAUGGCUCGAGCUCAGGUAGACCCUCAGAAAAGAACCUCUACGCAGACAUUGAUGCAGCUUGGCAGGCUUUAAGGAUGAGAUAUGGCAUUAGUCCUCAGAAUAUUAUUCUUUAUGGACAGAGUAUUGGUACAGUUCCUACAAUUGACCUUGCAGCGAGGUAUGAAGUAGGCGCUGUUAUUCUUCAUUCACCACUAAUGUCUGGUAUGAGGGUUGCCUUCCCUGACACUAAGAGAACCUGGUUUUUCGAUGCCUUUCCAAGCAUUGAUAAAGUUCCCAAAAUUACAUCCCCGGUAUUGGUUAUUCAUGGUACUGAAGAUGAAGUCAUUGACUUUCAGCAUGGCUUGGCUAUUUAUGAAAAAUGUCCCCGUAAAGUAGACCCUCUGUGGGUCGAAGGUGCUGGACAUAAUGAUGUGGAACUAUAUGGACAAUAUCUUGACCGUUUGAAACAGUUCAUUAAUGAGGAAUUAGCCACCAUUUGACUAGAAGCCGAAGCUGAGACCCAAAUCACACAGUCACCCCCUCAUCCUGAAACACAAAAUGGUGAACGUGUCGUCUAGACAUAAGAAACAAUACAUCCAUUAUUAUCUCAUUCAACUUGCAUAUAUAUUUGAGUUUGUUUCCUUUACAACUCAUCAUCUUCUCACCAGUAAAUAAUUUCCACAUUUUAUCAAUAACAGCAUGGUCUGCAGCAUAACAAAUUGCGAUCUGAAGGACAUCUAAUUUCAACAAAUGUGAUUGUUCCAGUGAAAAUGUUAACGCAUAUCUCAGACACAUCAUUUGAUAAUGUGACGUAAUAAGAUUAUACAAAAUUCUAGAUCUGAAUGGAAAUAUGGGUGGACAGCAGGAUAGUUCUUUGCAAAAGAGGUUUUUAUAGCCUGCAUGGAGUUUAUUAUCUCUUCUUGUCUUGAGUCUGCUUUCAAUGCCAUCUAAAACAACUUUGGUUUCCAGGUUUUUUUUCUACACAGCUUCAAUAAAUCCUGUUUUGGAUGCUCCACUAAAGCAGAGUUUUAAUGUUUUGGUUUUAAAUUGAAUGAAAUGGAUUGAUUAACUGUGUUAUAUAAAGGGUGUCUCAGCUUCAUUAGUCCUAAAUUGUACUUACAAUGAAUAGUACAAAACAAAAAAAAAUAUUUUUCCAUGAUAUGAAAAUAUUUGUUUGUUUAUUGAUGUAUAUGUAUGUAUAUUUUUUAGGGUUUUUUUACUGGAAAAAAAAAGUGUGAAAACAUUUCAACAUGUACAGUACUUUUAGGCCCAGCUAUCAUAUAUUUGUAUUGUACAUUAUCUUUGUUGAUGUCAUAACUGUUGCAUACAUGUACAUUUGACAAAAAUACAUGUAUGGAAAAUAUCGUGAUCAAAGACCAAGCUCAUUGGUAUCAAUACAUCAAAGGUGUUGUCCAUCAUAUCAUUGUAUUUAUCUAUACAUUUUUAGUUUAUUUAAUUAUUUUUACAUGUACAUUUGGCAAAAAUAUCAAGGAAAAACGAUUAAAGAAGCAAGGCUAAAUAAGCAAGAUAUUUAUGAAGGUUAAUGUUCGGUUCAGUUGUAAAAAUAGAUGUUUCAGGAUACAUCAUGUCAGGUACUUAUUUUUCCAUACAAGGCAGACAUUACAAUAAACUUACAUGUACAUUUAUAUGAAUACUAUGAUAUAUGGUACAUGUAGGUUUUACAUGAUGUGCACAUUUUAAUGUUAAGUGCCAAAUGAUAAAUGCACAUCAUACAAUUACCAACUCUCAAAUGAUAAACAAAAAGUAUAUUUCAUUCCUAUAAUGCAUUAAUAGUAAAGGUUGUUAGGAUAUAAUUUAAAGUGCCAUACAUUUUCCAGUUCAUACAAUUUUAGUUGUAGUCUUGUACUACAUGUACUUUGAAAAUUGGUUUCAGGGCCCUUCCAUGCACUCAUUUAUAAGAAAUAUUUUUUCUCGACAGAGAAACUGUCAAAACUAUCUUAUCUUGACCACAAAUUUUUAUACCUCAUAAUAUUUGUUUUGUCAUGAUCUGAUUUAUAUUUUACCAUUUUCAUCUAAGGUGAUUGUCAAACUUGGCAAGUAAAACUUAUCUCAAUAGUAAUACCUUUAUUUCAGUGAAAGCUUUCAUAUUGUCCUUGUUGUAUUUAUGGUAAACAUACAGUGUACCAAUCAUAUACAAACGUAAAUGAAGAAUAGAACCAGGGGCAUAUAAUGUAUUGAAUCUUUAUGUUGAAUAAACCUGAAGUCAUAUGUCCCAAAAAGAAAUAUCAUGACUUUUAAAAAAACUUGCCUGUUUAUUUUGUCAUAUUGUGGAAGUUAAUAUUCACUGGUACAUUUUAAAGCUUCUGUUCCUAUACUAUUUUUCAUUUCAUUUGUAUUGCUCAGUAUAUCCAUUUGUAUCAUUAAUAUAAUUUAUGAUUUUUGUGCUAUACAUGUAUUAAUCAUUUUUAUUAUAUGGAAUUGUUAUUUAAAAAUAUUUCUGUUGACUCAUUGCCAUGUUGUAUUAUAAAAUCAGUGAUCAAAUAUACAGGUUGGUACUCAAACAACCUCAAUAUCAACGACAAAAGUAAUUAAAUAAGGUUUCAAACUUUUUCUCAUCAAAAUUUUUUUACUGUGUGCUUAAAGGGAAAUUAUUAAAUAAAGAAUGACAGUUCUCAGCUUCUCAAUAUAAUAACUAAAAAAUAAAUAAUGAAAAGGGAAUAUGUUGAAAAUUUGAGUCAAAUUACGGAGUUCUGGCUCUUAAGAAGAACAGUGUAGUCUUGAUUGUCAUUGCUACCGUUGUUAAGAUAAAAAAAAAGAAGUCUCAAUUAUCAAUUUUUAAAUUAAAUCAUUAACUGUCAAUCGUAUUUGAAUCUGUUGAAAAUCUCGAGUAUCGUAUGGCAUCGCGAGUUGAUUAUGGUCUUAGUAAGUUAAUCAAUUUCUAAUUAAUAAUUUAUAUAAUAAUUAAGACAUAAGGAAAGACCUGCAACCAGAAGAUUUAGCUCUUGAAUAAUGCCUCUUUAAUAAGAAUCAUUGGUUAUAAAGUUGUUCAAGUCCUAGAACUCCCACCAAAUUGCUCUGAAUCUUAAGGGAGGUAACUCCUGUAAUAGUUUUGCUACACUGUUUUAUACACUUUAUAUAGAAAGGUGCUAUGUAAAACUAUGGCAAAUAAAAUGUUAAAAGUUAUUAAUAGAUUUAUUUACAAGUAGGUGGAUCAAUAUAAACUGGUCCUGGCUAAAUUUUAACAUUUUACUGGUUUGAUGCUUGCUCAUACUAAUUUAGUUGAGCAUGUUCAGUAAAUAUAUGUUUGCUUAUUGCUACGAUUUGAAAUUUUUCUUAAAUUAUUUGACAGCAAAUUAAAAGCUUAUAUUACAGUUACUGCCAACCCGAUCUUGCUACCCUAUUUAUCUCUAAGUGAAUGGAGUAAAUUUGAAUCAUUAAAGGAUAAAACUGUUUAUUAUCUAGUAUUAGAAUAGUACCAACUGUACACAACUCUGUAAUGCAAAUUAUUUUGAUUUUUGACAAAUUAACACACCUUAUGUGAAAUCAUGUGAGGAGCUGUAUGUCACUGUAACCAAACAACAGUUUUGCAACACUUUAAAAGCAAGAAAUCCAUAACUUAAAAUCGCUCACAGUAAAAAAAAUCAGUCUAGGUUCAUCGAAUCCUUUAUUAUAUUCUGCAUUAUAAUUUGGUGUACUGACACUGAAUAUAACAGUCUUCACUUAAUGAGUAUUUUGAUUUUCAAUGAACAUAUAUACUGAGUAUUUUGAUUUUCAAUGAACAUAUAUACUUUUUCAAUAUCUUAGAUUUGCACAAAAUUGGAGAAGUCCAGUUUUACAUGUAUGGUACUGUUGUUUUCUUAUGUAAUUUAUAAGUUUUAAAUUAACAUCUAUCUAAUGUUUAAUGUACAUAUAUAUUGAAUUUGUAUUUAAGAAAUAAAAACAUCUAUCACAGACAUAUGUUGUAAAUAGAUAUUUGUUAAAUGAAUUAUUAGGUGUUGUUGGUUUCUAUUUUUUAAAACAAAUAUAUUUGGCGUAAGAAAAUGUAAUGUAUCUAUAUCAUUAUCAAUGAAUUAAAGAAGAAUUAAAUAUCAUUGUCAUCAUAGUAAUUAUUUGCAGAGUUACUGGCCUUAGUAGUAUAUAUCGGGGAUGCUCGAUUUUCAGUCCAGAAUGUCCUGAAUUGACAAAAUUGCAAUCGAGUGACGCGGAAUUCAGUCCUGUCACAGUUCUGUCAGUCCAGAAAACGGAACAGGUAUCAGUAGAAUCGUGACAUAAUUAAACACAACGAAUAUGUUUCAGUUGUUUGAGAUAUUUCCUUGUGCUGUCGGUACAUGCGUUCUAGCCCCAAAUCCCCAUUUUCACUCGAUUGUCACUAUUUUGGGUUUGAUAGAAUUAAAUUUCAGAACGUACAAUUGAGCAUCGCCAUUGUCUUUGAUUCCAUGUUAAAUCUUGACUUAAGAUAAUUCAUACCAAUCUUAAAUUUGAUAAACUGCCUUUCGCAAUACUGGUCUUGGAUAAUGCUUGUUUGAUUGAAACCCUCUUCAUAGAUAGUGAUAUACCUACAUCUAGGACUAUUUUCUUUAGCAAAAUAUUACUCCAAUAUCAUAUAUAUAUAUAUAUACACACACCGGUAUAUUUGAAUAAAAACUGGUAUACAAUAUUGUACACUAUCAAAAGUAAUUUACCACCAACUUUAAAUUUAUAAUAAAAAAAAAUAAUACA